GCCAAGCAGGACAAGCUUGUCAAAGUGCCGAUGCCCUAGCUUGUCUCUCAUUGAUGCCCCACGCCAACACACAUGCGAGGGAUCAAAACAGGACCUUUUUGCUGAACGUGAGAGAAGCUUCCGUACCUGUGUGCAGACGGCAUGUCGUCCAGCCUACCAGAGGAGGACCUGUCGUGUCCCGUGUGCUGCGACAUCUUCCGAGACCCGGUCCUGCUGUCCUGCAGCCACAGCUUCUGCCGGGGUUGCCUGCAGCGCUUCUGGGAGGUGUCUCGCAUGCGGGACUGUCCCGUGUGCAGGCGCAGGGCCUCCAGGAGGAGCCCUCCCUGCAACCUGGCCCUGAAGAACCUGUGCGAGGCCGUCCUGCAGGGCCGCAGAGCGGCGGCAGCGGCAGCAGGCGUGGGCACGGCGUGCCGCCUCCACGGCCAGGCACUGAAGCUCUUUUGCGCAGAUGAGCAGCUGCCCGUCUGCCCCAUGUGCCAGGCCUCCAACGCACACAAAGCGCAUGAGUGCUGUCCGGCGGGGGUGGCCGCGCAGGACCGUAAGGACAAACUCAGUGCAGCACUGCAGAUCCUGAAGGAUAAACUGGAAGCAAUAAAUAAACUUAGGAUCACUACAGCUGUGACACUGGAGCAUAUCAAGUGUCAGACCCAGCUAACAGAAAAACGAAUAAGAGAUCAAUUCCUGGAGUUCCAUCACUUCCUGCGAGAGGAGGAAGAAGCCAGGGUGUCCACGCUGAAGGAAGAAGAAGAGAAGAGAGUCCUCGCCGUGAAAGAGCGAGAUAGAGAUCUGAGGAGUAGGAUGGCCUCUCUUGUGGACAUCAUCAGGAUCACGGAGCAGGAGAUGGCUGCAGAUGACGCAGAGAUGCUGCAGAAUUUCAAAUCCACCAUGGAGAGAGUGCAGAAUUCACUCCCGGAUCCAGAGGGAUUUUGUGGAUCAUUAAUAGACGAGGCCAAGCAUUUGAGUAACCUGAAAUUCCACGUCUGGGAGAAGAUGCAAGGAAUAGCACCUUACUCUCCCGUAACAUUGGACCCAAACACCGCCCAUCCUUGCUUGAGCCUAUCAGAGGACCUGACAUGUGUUCGCUAUAUGAGCCCGUCCCGCUCCCUUCCCAACAGCCCCGAGCGUUUCCGCGUCAGCGCCGAGGUGCUGGGCUCGGUUGCUGUAGCCGGAGGCACCCACACUUGGGAGGUGGAGGUGGGCGGCAGCAAGGACUGGAUUGUGGGCGUGGCCAGCGCGUCUGUGCGGCGGGAUGCGGAGGUGGCUGCGCGCCCGGAAAACGGCUUCUGGACCCUGUGCCUGCGCGACGGCACAUAUCGGGCCAUGGCGUCGCCGCCCAGGACGCUGCUGGUCGGCAGGAAGCUGCGGAGGUUGGCCGUCCGGCUGGACCAGGAUGCGGGACAGGUGUCUUUCUCCAGUCCCUCCGACGGGCACAUCCUGCAUGUGUUCACACACACGUUCACGGAGAAGGUGCUGCCGUACUUCUACACGCAAAGCGAUCGGCCUCUGAAGAUUCUGCCGAAGCCUGUGGUCAUUUCGGUGAAGGAGAACCAACCUCUUGAUUCAUAAAGCUGCAUGUAUCGAUGAAGCACAUCUUUCUUUUAAUUAAGAAUAAAGUCGAAGACGGUGGCUGGCACAAACUAGUGGUUUUGUGGUGCUGAUGCUGUGUGCAACUUAGCAACCUUUACUCUUCAUGGUUAACAGAAAGGUGUUUAGACACAGUUUAUCUCUACAAAGAACAUGU